AUGUUGUCAAUUCCAUGGCUUCUUCGGGUUGUUGUUGGAUCACUCCUUCUAGGUAUAACAUCAACUGUUUUUACAUUUAUCCUUCCUGCAGCUGAUCUCAAUUUUCAAUUCCGUCAGUCACUUGAUGCUCCAAGUUUUCUCACCCAAACAAGAUUUAACCUUACUAACUUUAAUUAUGAUGGAGAGUGUUCUAAAGUAUUUAAAAGUGAAAAAAAUAAUGAAAGAGAUGUAUUAUUGCUUGGUGGUUCUUUUCAUCAAGCAAAAAAAUGGAAAGAAUUAGAGCCAAUGGUUUAUAGUCAAUUUAAAAUGAAUUUAGAAACUAUCCCAAAUGCAAAGAAAGUUUUUGUAUUAAUUGGUAAUCCACCAACACCAGACUUUAUUGAAAAUUUGAAUAAGUGUGGAGUAGAAGUUGUUCAAGCAAAAAAUGUACCUCAGGGAAAUG